UCCAAGCCUCGUCCUACUUGAUGCUUUUUGUAACAACCAAUUUUAAGCUUCACGUUUCUGAUGCCUAUCUCGAACAACCUGGAUCACACGACGAGUUGCACUGAAGGCGCGUCUCUCAGCUUACAACUAGAAGACGUCGAACGCGAGUUCCAAACGCGAAUCGAACAUCUUCUCCGCGAAACCGAACUGAAGAUCAAAGCGCUUCGUCUGGAGCAGGAAUCUAAGCUCAAUUCAGUUGAGCAUGAGUAUGAAGGAAAGGUAUCUACGCUCAGACGUCAGUUAGAGAGUACAAGUUGUGGGUGCCGAACAACGGCGGGCGCAACGACAAGAGACGAUCGGAAUCCUUCUUCCGUUAAGAACAGAGUCAUAGCAGGUUCCUUUCCCGCGGGACUAUCUCUUGAAGCGCAAAAGGUCUACCUAUCGAGAUGUAGACUACAGAAGGCUUUUCUCACGGACGCAAGACCACCCAAACCUGAGGAAAUGCCCAUAUGUGACGCGAUAUUCGCUGCCCUCGAGCAAUACGACAUGACCGUCGAACACCUUCAAGUUACCAAAAUUGGCAAUAUUAUGCGCCACAUAUCACAGAAACCUCCUCAAACUAUACCUCGCGAUGAUGAAUUCAAUUUCCGGCAUCGCGCUGACGUUCUCGUGAAGAAGUGGCAAGAGCUCCUACCCGCGAUAACUUCCUCUCCUGAUCAGCCUCGUACGACCGCUGUGACGCAAUUGACGGGAGUGGAUCACCAGAACGUGCCGGGCCCGAGUAUCAUACAUGGUGUUAAAAGGAGGAAUGACACCAGCGGUGGGGCGGAUGGCGGUGCAGAUGAGAAGAGUACAGCGGAGCGACGGAAGAGACCACAUCAAGAGUGAGACGUGUGACUGCUGGUAGAAGGUGGAUAGAAAGUCGACGGUGUCUGGGAUUGGCAGGCGACGAUGUUACGUUUUGCGCGAUAGUAUGGAGAUUUAAACUCAACUCAUGGUAUGACUACUGUUUAGGUCACUUGCUCUCUCGCGGAGACUUUCAAGUAGAGCUAUGAUGGAAAGAGCAACGGAGAGCAUGAUGACUGUGGGUCAGCGCAUCGAGUUCGGGUUUGAGAAAGCGAGCAGCGGGUCAGAUUAGGGUCAGACGUCUGGAUCAAAACGGGAAAGAUCCAAACGACACUCACGGCGGACUCGCCUUCGUCCUACACCCACCCCGGUCCCAACGAAAGCAAUUUAU